AGCUUUCAUGGAACGGAUGGAGAAGAAAACUGGAAAUUCAUCAUUGGGCGAACUCGUGACCGGAGCGCUGAGCACAGGGGAUUACAAGGGGCCCAUGCAUUACGCAGUAUGGAAGGAAAUGAAAUCCAUCCUCAGCCCAGACAUUUCCUUUUUUACCCUGGACCCCAAAACAGCACAUCCGAACUUGAUUCUCUCUGAUGGGAUGACUUGCGUAAAGCAUAAUGACAAAAAGCAGAUGCUGCCAGAUACUCCAGAGAGAUUUGACUGCAGUGUUUCUGUCCUGGGAUCCAUAGGGUUCACCUCUGGAAAGCACUACUGGGAAGUGGACGCGCAGAAGAAGACCAAAUGGACCUUGGGAAUAGUGAGAGAGAGCAUUAACCGUAAAGGGAACUACCCACUGUCACCCAAAGAAGGACAUUGGCUUAUAAAGCUAAGGAAUAAGAAUGAGUUAAAGGCUGUAGAUGUCCAUGCAAAAUGCCUAAACAUUGCUCAAACGCCCAGUAGAAUUGGGGUGUAUUUGGAUUAUGAAGGUGGCCAGGUGUCCUUUUAUGACGCUAGCAUCAUGUCUCACAUCUACACUUUCACAGAAACGUUCACAGAGAAGCUUUACCCAUACUUUUGUCCAUGUUUGAAUGACUCUGGAGAAAACAGUGCUCCCCUGAAAAUUCUUGCCUAUAGUAUGUAGAUGCACAGUGAGGAAGAGGUCCAUAUGUAAAGCCCGAACCUCUGACCUACUAUAUACAGCUAAUGUAUAGGAUCUGGUGCUAAAAUCUCAUUACCAAUUCAAGGGUACAAGCUGGUAUCUUUGGACUUCUCUUGGGACCUAAUUCCAGCCCUGUUACUGGUGCAGGAGCAGUCAUUGGAGAUCCGGCACUGGU